AUGGCAGAACUGCUGCCAACCAACACCAGAAUCAUGUGGUCGUGGCAGUCAAAUUCAGAUCCCUGGAAUGAACAACAGACGAAAGAAUGGCAACGUUAUUCGGAUUUAGAAAUUGAUUUGAUCGAACGAGAAUAUCAGAAUAACGAGAAAAUGGUUGAAUUAGGAGAUUAUGUUAUUGAUUUUAUACAGAUGUAUCAAUUUAGAAAAGGAUCUGAACAUCGGCAGAGGCGAGUAAAGCGAGAAAUGGUGGAUGUGACUCAUUAUUUGAGAGAAGAACGCUUUUGUUUCACAGAAGAACCAAAGAUUGCAAAAUCAUUUGCAGCUGAUGUUACUUUGUUUGAAUUUGGUGCUGAAUGGCGAAAAAGAAACAAAGAAAUUGCACCUCAUGAUAAAUUCUAUUAUCCACAAAUAGUUGAACAAGCUAUUAAAAGUAAUCAUCUCCCUCCCUUUCUUUAUGCAUUCAUUAUUGUGACUUUUCGAUCCGAAUAG